AUGGUGGGUGAAUUUAAUUUUAAAAGAUUGCAUUGUUUGGGUGAUGAGAGUUAUGGGUUUAUUGGUCCUAUGUUUAUAUUAGUAUUGAUGUCUGUAUUUGGUGAUUUAGCUUUAAAAAUUGUUAUUUUGUUGGUUUUUUGGGGUCAAUGUGAUUUAUGCCUUAUAUAUCAACGUACAUAA